AUGAAAACUGGCACAUUUUUCAUUUUUGCGCUUGUUGUUUUGUUUUCCACUUGCGCUACAAGAAAUCUGCCGACAGUUUCGGAUUAUUAUCAAAUUUUGGGGUGAGUGCGGGACUUUUUUGUUGUAAAAUCGCGUGACUAGUUUGAAAAUAUUACGAAAAAGAGAGCGUGGUGAAUACAAUAUUUUUUGGAAUACAAAAAAAUCUGUGACGCGUCGCAAAAUUUUAAUAAAUGAGUAAUGAAAACAUUUCAAAUUCAAUUUUUUUGAAAGUUUGAAAUGAACUCAACCCACAAUUUUUAUCCACUCAUCUCCUUUAAAAAUCUCCCCAUCUUUCAAAUUUCCAGUCGUAUUCACAAUGAUGGUCGCGAGACUUUGGUCGCUUCCCGCGUGCCAAAAAUGGAUCGAAAUUGCUUCUUCUCACCGGUCCAAUGCAUGUUCGAAACACCGCCCGAAGUGUUGAAUAAUUUUCGUUAA